AUGUUCCCCAAUGCAUUAGAUUCACGCGACCAUGAUGCGGACGCCUCUCGGAUCUACGUCCAGCGAGAACUCAACAUGAUGGAUGUUAUGAACCAUAUUUCGGAGAAGCCGAUGUGGUACCAUAAGGUAUUCGACGAAAAAAUCACGUCCAAAUGGCGCGACGAAAUCGCCACGUCCGACCUAGACGUCACCCCCAAGAUGUUCGACUGGAUCGUGCAAGAAAUGCAAUGGAAAGCCAGCGUCUACGAAGAGAAGAAACUCCUCCAAGUCUUCGACAUGGGCGUCGUCCGCUCCGACACCGCAGUCCCAGAAGACCUACAGCAAGCACUGCGCGACGCAGUCGCACCACUGGAGAACGUCCCGGAAGACGAAAAAGACUACCACCCAGGCUCAGACAACAAGGUCGUCGACCUCGUCCACCCAUCGCUCUACCCCCUCGUCUACGGGCACACGCGCAUCCUCCCAGACCGCACGCUGUCACUCACCGACUGCCUCGACAGCGCCGGAAAAGGCGAAGUCAUCCCCACGCCGACUCUCGACCCCGCCCUCUGGCCGUUCGCAUCAGAAAUAGGCAACGCCUUCAGCACCAAGUUCCAGUGGCUGCCGUGCGAAGUCCGCUUCACCCCCGACAGCGACAGCGAAUGCCGCAUAACCUCCUACAUCAACAACCUCGCCCCCUUCAAGCACCGCGCGCUCUACAGCGCCAUCGAGGGCGUCCUCGCGCGCGCCAUCCCCCUCUGGGACCAGAGUCUGACCGCCGUGCACGGGUAUCGGCGCGACAGGAUCCCCUACAGGGAGGUGGAGUACGUGGCGCGCGACACGCCGGAGCCCGUGGCCAAGGACGAGGAAGAGGAGGACAGCUAUGAGUUCAGUGAUCGCUGGUGCGAGUGGUCGCAUUCGAGGCCUAUCAAGCUGCCUGAGCCGGAGGGGGAAUUCUGUCCGCCUGAGCCGUAUGAGAGGAUCUCUCUGCGGGAGAAGUUCCGUGAGGAGGGUCUGCAGGUUAUUGUCAAGUUGGCGAAUAUUGAGCUUGGGCCGGAGAAGCCGGAGUAUGGUGGGGGGUCGUGGCAUAUUGAGGGGCAGUUGAACGAACGCAUCUGCGCAACAGCCAUCUACUACUACGACAGCACCAACAUCACCUCAAGCCGGCUCUCCUUCCGCCAACGCGCCGCCCAACUCGACAGCGUCCACUACGAACAAAGCCACCACGAGUUCAUCCAAGCGGUCUACGGCUUCGGACCCGAAGUAUCCGGCGGCUACGGGGGAGAGAACCUCACUCAAGACCUCGGCAGCGUGCUCUGCCCAGCCGGCCGGCUCUUGACCUUCCCGAACACGGUGCAGCACCGGGUGGCGCCGUUCGAGCUGGCGGACCGGUCGCGGCGCGGGCAUCGCAAGAUCCUCGCGCUGUUCCUGGUCGAUCCGCUGCGGCGGGUGAUUUCGACGGCGAAUGUGCCGCCGCAGCAGGUGGAGUGGGCGCGGGAGCGGGCGGGCUUGAAUACACAACCAUUGAAAUACCAUCCAGAAUACCACCCAGACAUACCACCCCCAUUAUACAACAUGACACAACCUCUCCUACUAGUCUUGGAAAAAUCUGUCGAAUGUCUCAGUCUGUUUCUCGUCUGGGUGGCGCAACUGAUAUCUAUGAUAAUCAAGUAA